AUGUAUUCCUCCCCUGCUCUGAACGCCAACUUCGCUUCAAUCAAUCCGACAGCUCCUUCCAACGAUCCGUUGUCACAGACAUUCAACAUGGAACCCCCGUUCGAGCUGAGCGAUGCGGACAAGGAGGUUCUGAACACGGCGGAGGAGGACUUUAUCCCUCAUACCUGGGAGGAAAUCAAAGCAGUCAUCGGUUGCUGGCGGCGACAUGUCUCUCUUAAAACGGUCCCCGAUCGACCUCCGCAACUACAUACUCUGACCAGAGAGAUCCGGGCCAAAUUCGGUUCUGCGACCAAUUUCAUCGUGCAAAACCGGCUGCAGUGGAAGCCGGAGUCUAACGAGUCUAGCACCUUCUUCCCCUAUCGCAAUUCGACCCCUUUUGCGGACCAGUCCGACUAUCGCAUUUUGCGCAACGACUGGCCCUACGGAAUGACCCCUGGAAUGGUGCAUCUCGUCAUCUGGUCGAAGACGCCCAUCGGGGUUGAUGAAGACGGUGAUCCUACUCCCGAGUCCCGCCAGCUCAUCACCGAGUUCAUCACGAGGACAUUUGCGGCACAGAUGCGCCAGAAGAAGCACUCUGGCGACAACAUCCAAUGGUUCAAGAACCGCGCCAAGUGGCAAAGCGUGCGCGCUCUGGAACAUAUUCAUGUUGUCCUUAGAGACGUGGAUGAGGACUUCGUGACCGCUUUGACUGGCCAGCAUCCCAACGAUAUCAACUGCAAAGCGUAUACUCCCUCUAUGGACGGUUGUUCAGAAGAGCUCGUGAACUCUUAUCCGAGCUCACUGCAGCUGCAGCUGGUUCAAGUGUUCUUCCGGCAUGGCGAGAGAGCUCCUAUUAAGAAUGUCUUUUCACCUAUAACCAACUGGGAAGGGUGCUCCCUUUCUGGCCAAUUCCGCGAGCUUGUUAACACAGUCCUCAAGCCCGGCGAAACGCCAUCCUUUAGAGCUGAAAUUAAAUUCGGUGGCGGAAAGGCCCACGAAUGUGCGCCUGGCGACUUGACCGACAUUGGAGUGCAAUCGACAAACCACCUCGGUCGCGAUAUCCGACAGCUUUACGUGGAUCAUCUCCAAUUUCUACCUGAGAGAUUAACCGGGUCCGAGGUGCUGCACCUCCGCUCCACGCGUCAAUGGACUCUAUCCCCAGAGCGUCGCGAUGUGAGACUGGAAACCCUGCCGAUCGUGAUUCGUCUCCCGGAAGAGGAGACCUUGUUGCCGAACGAAGAUUUCUGUCCUCGUCUACGUCAUCUUCUGGGAGAAUUUCUCGCUCGAACUGCGAAGAAAGUAGGAGGAGGAGGGAUGGAACCGGUCCCCGAACUUUCCAAGUUGAAUAAUUUAGCGCCAGCGGCGAUGGGUUUAAAGAAGGGCAUCUAUCUCGACUCUCAGCCAAAUAUCGCCGAUCUACGCGACUCUAUUGCCGCCGCGAUGGCCGCACCUAGUGUAAGAGCAUCGGUCCCGCCUCCCUUCCGUGAUCAGGAUAUCCGCCUUACCCUGCAGAGGAUUGCGGCGGAGCAGGAGCACAUUGGCUUUGCAGACAGCGCCGAAGUUUGUCGUCUCGGGGUAGGACCUCUCUUGACGGAGAUUGUAGACCGCAUGGCAAUGAAGGUGGGCGAAUCCUGCAGGGAAGAGGCGGUGCAUAAAGCACACAACAACAGCCACCCCAGAAUCGCCCUCUUCGGUUGUCACGACACGACAAUUGGGAUGAUCUUGACAUCUCUGGGGAUUAUGAGGGCUCCAGCAUGGCAUUGGCCCCCAUUUACCUCAUCCCUUACGGUGGAAUUGUUUAAGUCUUGCGAAGCGUGUCAAGGCGGAGCUAUCGAUAAAGACAGAGAGAUCUCAGACGGAGAUCAGCAAGGCAUGUCUCGGAAGCAGAAACAGCCACAUAGUCUAUUCUUCGUGCGUCUGCAUUACAAUGGACGGUCGAUACGAGUUCCUGCGUGCAAGCAGCCAGGGAAGCACCUAGCAGGCAAUGAGGAAUUUUGCACCCUUGUGAGUGAUAUUCCCAGCCACUUGCCACAGGAACUUUACAACUCCCUGGAGAUCCGGCUGACCGGUGUGAUAAUCUGA